AACAUAUUAUGUGUAUGUAGAUAAGUAGAUUAUCAAAGAACGUCCAUUUAUAUAAGACUACAUUAGGCUGAUCAUGGCAGAUUAUUUUAGAGCAUUUUAUAAUUCAUAGGUACAUGAGUGUUCUACGUGGACGCGAAAAAUACGUGAACGACUUUUCGGAGUGCAUGGUUAUACCUAUAUAUAUAUAUAUUAUAUAUAUAUAGACAAUUUGAAAUAUGUACAAUUGCAUUGAUUAUAAAUCCUCAUAUUACUAUUAUUACUAUAUGCAUUUACGAUUGGAAUAUGGUAUAACUCGGCGAUUGAAUACGCUUCGCAGGAAAAAAAAAUAGCAAUCAAACGUCAUUGGCUAAAAGAAAAAUAUUUAAAAAAAAUAAAAAACACAUGUCGACGAGCAACAACCGCCUACGGUCAUGAGUUGUGUCGUAAAUCGAGUAUGCAAUCGCGGAACUCUCCACGCGGCAUCCGUCUAGUGAUAUAGGUACGUUUAUCGUAUAUAUAAGACUCUAACGGUACCAAAGGCACUAUAGCUUUAAUAUAUAAUAUUAUGUUUUAUAUCUCAAACGCAUUGCACAAUAGGGUGUUUGCGCAUAUAUAAUUGAAGGGUAUACGAGAUGAGAUGUCUGCUAUACGUAACACAAGAUGCGUGUAACGAACUUCGUGUACCGCUUUAUUUAUAUAUUAUUACUAUCAAAUCGUUCAAUGUGAAUCUGCUCGGAUGAGACACGAACGACGACCGGGGACUACGCGAACACACGGUAGAAUAAGCGCAAAUGCUGAUUAGUUAUCGCGGUGUAGUUUUAUAAUAUAACAUUAUAAUAGGCGUACAUCCACCUAUGGACGAUGUGGGCAUUUCCGUUAUCACGAUACUGACGGUCGGUGGACCGUUUCAACGACGAAAUUAAUUAUCAUACGAUAUGCGUAAUAUGCGCUUUUGCACAACGAAAUAGAUACGCGAUCCGCAACUGCAGCUUGUUUAAAACCUAAAUAUAUUACAUAGGUACAUAUACUACAUAAUAUAGUAGAUUCGUAUGCACGAUAAAUCAAUAUAGGUACCUAUAUACAGUAGUAACGAGUACCUAUUGUAGACCUCUCACGAAAAACAACGUCGGUCAAAAUUAAAUUGUGGAUUAUUACUCUUCGUGUUCGGAGCGGUCCAAUCGUGAAACUUGGGCUGAAAAUUGUAAAACGCGUUUUCAUCGGCACACAAUGUAGAUAAGUUUUGACAGCUUAUAAAAUUACGCGAUAACAGUUCUGUUUUACGCGUAGGUACAAUCGUUUAAAAAAAAAAAACCAUAAACCGUAAAACGGACCUAACAAAUUCGGACAAUCGUAUCGAGUACGGACACUAUGGUAAAUUAUGAGCACCCUAUUUUUAUAUUAUAAUAAUAAUAGUUGCGUCGGUCGGACGUCGUCGUCGUCGUGUGAAUCAUUGUAAUUUGUAGAUCCAAUUCGCAUCUUUAGUAAUUUAUAUAAUGGCUUUAAUCCGUUCUACACGGUGGAUGACGGUCGACUAAGAAUAGACUUAGAAAGAGAGAGAGAAAAAAAAUAAUAAACAGCUGGAUUAACCGUCUAGUCCGUCCCGGGCGCGAUGCCCUAAAGUGCAUUCGACCGAAUCAAGUGACACCUACACCCACGCUGUUUCACUCUCUCUCUCUCCAUCCAUCACUAUCUCUCUCUCUCUCUCUCUCUCUUCCACGCACACACACGCAGACACCAUGAAAAAUCGUAACCGGCACUAUAUAAUAACGCGUCGAACAGUAAAGAUCGAUCCGGGGCAACUACAAACCAGCGUGACCUGAAGCUCUGUAAUAAUAUUGCUCCAAUUAUUGUCCUGGACCUCGUUUCAUAAUUUUGUCGUAUAUUGAUGCCACACGCUUGUGACCACGACGCUACAGAAUGGAGGUGAUUCCUCUGAUAAGGAGUUCAGCCACCGGUUCGGAGGCGUCCAAAGGUGAUAACGGCAUCAAGAGACACGUCCAAGAAUGGUCGAGACUCGACAGGUUGACCGGAAUCUUGGAGCACGCCAGAGUUGAAGCUGACCAAUGGACCAACCACACUGCCAACACUAAACACAAAUAUGGAAAGGUGGUGGACAGACGCGCCAGGAAUCUCGCAGACGGCAGUAAAGAAGAGACGCAACAGACCAAACAGCUGGAAGUGUUUCAAGCUCACACUGCCGGAUGCUCGGUACAAGUAAUCAGAUCUCAAACAAGUACCACCAGUUCGUGGCACAAUUCUAGUGCUGGUUCGAGUGCAUUCCAAUGGCCAUCUUCGAUAUUCGACAAAAAAGACAAUCAGUUUGAUCAAUUACGUUUGGAACACAGUCCUUUAGACGUUAGCUCACAAAAAAGUAAAGCAACCGUAGGUCGUAGUGGAUCAAUUAGCACUAGACGACCACCUACUCGUAGACCACAAACCGUUACAUCCCAAUUACCAAAAAUAGAGAGUAUUGAUUCCACCGACACAAUGGAAACGUCAAGUAGCCUAAAUGAAAGUAACGAAGAAUCUGUUUCAACAAAUCUAAACCGACUAAAAAGUUGUUCUAACGAUGAAAUACGCAGUGAAAUCAAUGAAUCCGAUGAGCCGCUAGACCGAUCUUCCAGGUUUCGGAGGUCGUUGCAGUUUGCUCAGUCUAAAAAUAUCGACUCUAAUCAUAAAAUCAACGGUGAACUAGAAAACGUAUUGAAAAAGGUUCUGGGAAAAAAAUUACAGACGGUGGACAGAGAUAUCGUGGACGAUUAUUCUUUGAUAAAACCCGUAUCUCCGUUGAAGAAACCUACUUUCAUCACGGUUGAGAGCCUCAAGAAAACAAAAAACAACUUGCGACACUUAAACGAGGACAAGGAUAAGGAAGACGAUGGAAUAGAAACGGACGUGAAACCUACUGGAGACUCAAGAAGCUUAGACUAUAGGGGUUCGGCACUGACUCGCACCGAAGAGUGGUACAACAGACGCAAAUCUUAUGGAUUCGAGAAAGUGACAACAUCGGAUCACAGCAGUAAGUACGCAAUAGAUCCAUCGGCAAUGGAUUCAUCGACAGACAGUGGUAUUUGCCGGUCGACCGAAAACGGACUUUCAAACUCGAGCAGGCAGUCGUCAGUCGAUCGUGAAUCUAUCGCUGAUCUAGUCAAAAAAUAUUCCAACAAGGAGAUCAACAACAACACUCAGGUUCACGCGUACAACACGACCGUAGUCGCCAAAGGAAAGAUACUUGAAGCCAUUAAUAGCUUAAGGUCCAAAUCGAGUGCUUAUUUCGACGUUGUCAAACCAAGCGACACCAUUUCGGAGUCCACGGAAAACGAUGAGAGUGAAAAAGAACAGGUGUACACCAGACGACUGUCGGUCGGUAUGGAUAUAACGAUGGAUAAAAAUGUUGAUAGAGAUGAAGUACCGAAACGUCAUUCGAUAGCGGUAGUAAGCGAAGUGGCAGACAGAGAACCCAGCAUUGACAAGAAGAACGGCAACAAGAAAGUAGAGUUUUGCAGGACCGAGGUACACUUCGAUGCGACUCCGGGUAAGAUAAACAUCGUGGACAUGGAAGACAAACCCGCCCCGGCUCAACUGUAUCGACCAAAGAAGAGGUACAACCGUCCACCCGAGAAGAGCAGCCACGGGCUUCCGGAAUAUCGGUUUGGGGACGACGCUCAAAGUGACGUCGUCUUGCAGAUUAAUGGAACCGGAAAUCAAAACGGCGGAAUUGGCGGACACGAGUGUCCGACGACGGAAGACGAGACUACAGACACAGGCAACAGCAUGCCAAAAAGCAUACUGAAACGGCAACAGCUGCAGCAACAACAACUGCCAUCGCAACACCACCAACAAUCGCAGCACCACCAACAAUCACAACACCACCAACAACCGCAGCACCACCAACAACCGCAGCACCACCAACAACAACAGCAGAACGCUGCCGAUAAUUCCGGUGGUGUCGCGUCCGACAACGGCAUCGAAGUGAGGAUCUCAUCGACGGAAUCUACGCCCGUAGACUGUAGACGAGCGUCCUGGUCCGUGGCCGACAGGGUGAAACAGGUGGAGGCCGUAGGGUUCUCGACCAGAGUGAACUUCACCGAGGGUGAAACGACGGCUGUGGGCUUCGACCCGGCUGACCCCAGGAAACAGCGGUACUCGUACAACGGGUCGGCCUCGCCGGUUUGGUACCAGAACAACGGCAACAAUCCAUCGGCCAUCGCAGAUACUUCGGCGAAGUGCCACGAGAAACUGUUGGUGCGAAUCGGCAGCGGUGCGUGCAACGCAAACAGCAAACAGAACGCACCCGUCGCCGCCGACCUGUGCGCGUUCUCCCGGUGCUUCAGCGACCAGACGACGGGGAAUCACCUUCCGCUGUCGUCCACAUCGCUGGUGAUGAACACCAAGUUCCGGUCAACGGAACAGCCCAGCACGUACCUGGAAGAGAUGAACACCAAGAUGCUGGGCCGGUUCCAGAAAGCCACCAGCACGUCGUGGCCGAGGUGCGGCCAUAAGACGUACCCGACGCCGGCCACUAGAAAGCACAACGUGCUGAAGAGCUGCGCGGACAUUAAGCGCGACAGGGCCACGAAAGGCAUGCCAGACGUGAUCGGCGCGUUGGACGAUCUGAGCAAGAGCAUCGACGCGCAGAUCGUGGACGGAUCCGCCAACCGGCAUCACGUGACACUGAUCAAAGUGCGUCAGCCGUGCGACGAAAUCCACGGCCGGCUGGAGUACGCCAAAGAUCUCAUGAGCACGGACGAGACUAGUGAGGAGAGUUUAAAGGCUGACGAAGAGGUGAGGUCGUACAUGGCCGCCGACUGCAUUAACGAAGACGAACGGCUACCGGAGUGCAAUAAUCUCAAAAAGCUCAUAUCUACUGUAAAAAAAAAUAUCAAACAAUCCCAAUGUUCUCAAGAUAAUCGUCUAAAAAAAAUGGACGUCAAAACGUACGAGUCGACAUUGGUGGUGCCAAAUGUCACUUCGGUGUUGUUGAACCACGAGAAACAGUUGGAACCCGAACGGUCUCAGUUCCAACCGGUGAGCGUGCAAACCUCACAAGUGACACACGUUGUAAAACACCAGUUUGAAGACUCGGUCCAAAAACAGCCAAGCAAACGAGUGCCGGUGAAAAUCGUACAAGACAAUCGCAAGAGCAAGCCAAAAUCGGAGGCACCCGUUACCAAAAUGAGUGCCACCGUGUCUUUGAAACAGGUUCCUAUGACGAUGCAGCCGAAACCGGUGCAGUGUAACGAGAAUAAAAAAAAACCCACCGAAAAGAAGGAGUCGAUAUACGGCAACAUCGGGUUCCGCGCCAACAGUCUCAGGGUCAAAGACAAGCCGGCCGCGGGCAAACAGGCGCAGGACUUGUUCAGCACAGGCAGGGACAGCUGGCUGAACAUGCCCAAAGACUUGGGACCCAAGCUCAACAAGUCCAAAGCGACCACUUACAAGUGCCGCGUCAGCCGUAAGGAGACGGUGGAUUCGGAAGUAUCGGUGUUGGAAGAACUAAACCGUGCCGCGGACGAAAUACUGAAAGCCGUUAACGGGUACACCGACGACGAGUCACAACUCCCGAACGAAGCCGGUGAUGAAGGGCCAAGGACGAAACCCGAUCACUCGGAGGCGAAGCUCAAAAACAAAAAGAAAGCCGCCCGACUUUUGCAGCGGGCCAACAGCAGGGAGGCACUGUUGCACCUGGACGAGGCAAGUUCGUCAGACGAGGACGCCGCAGACGAAGUUCAAAGGGUCAAACCGAAAAUGCAAAGGAAAACUAAGACUCAGACACAGGCCACCGCCAACAGUGUCGCCACCAAAACCACAGCAAGUUUUACGAAAAAAAUCCAAAGUCGUACACAGAACGUAACGAAAACUAACCUGCAGCAUAAAGUCCAUCCGACGUAUUACGGAAACGUAUCGAGUUGCACGCAGACACCGAUGAAAUUCCGCAACAAGCCUUCGGAGACUUUGACGAAACAAAUCAUCGUCGAUCAAAAGGACACUAAAGGGAGGUACCAGUGCAAGAUAACGACCAGAACUUUUAAUUCCAAGAAACUCAAAAGUUCAGUCGAGGAGAACAAAAACUCUAUCAAAGGAUGUUAAAUAUAAUAUUAAUUAUUAUUAUAUUAAUAUGUUAGAAUAAAAAUUUCUUGUUAAACAAUUUAAACAAUUAUAAAUAUAACUUAACAAAAUAUUUAAAUAUUAUACUUUGACCAUUAAUGUUACGCGUUGGCAUGCGGUCCUAACUAGAGAUAUUAAUUUAUGUAUCAGCAAUAAUUUUUGUUUGUAAAAAAAAAAAUACUGAAAAAAAUUAGGUAAAAUAAAUUUACAUUAGUUUACUUGUUUUUUUUUUAUAUGUUAUAUUUACUCGUGUCUCGUUUAGUCUUUCAUCGUGUACUACUACUAUAUUAUAUUCAACCUUAUAUUAUUGUCGACGUAUGUUGACGUAAAAAUAAGGUUGUUACGCCUAAUAUGUUAAAAACAAAAGAAUAUAUA